AUGUGGGGGCAGCGGACUCCUUGUCCGGCGUGGCCGACUUGGAGCCCGGCUUCCCCUUCCCAGGCCAGCCGACCGAGUCGACCGAGUCCGAGCCCCAACCGUGCGGGCAACCCAAAGUGGUCCCUUUCGACCGGUGUAGCGCUUGGACUCGGAGCGCACGUUCGCUGCCGUGCUCACAGACACAACCGCGACCUGUCUCCGCUUCCGUUGCCCUGCGACUCCUGGGCGCUGGUCACGGGUGCCGCGUCGGGUCUGGGCCAAAAACUUGCGACAGCCUGCGCGGAGGCGGGCUUUGGCCUUGUACUCACCGACGAGGAGUCAGCGCUUCAGAACCUGGACCUUGCGCAGAUCGUAGGGAGCAGUACUUCGGAUCGCAUCCUCAGGGUACCAAGCAGCCUCGCUGACCCUUCGGAAGGGGCAUCAGACCUCUACGAGAAGCUGAAAGACUUGGAUGUCUGCAUGUUGAUGCUUUGCUCAGAUCAAUUCUCUUACACCGGCCCGUUUCUGAGCCAAAGUGUGGAGAAGCUGGACCGUAUGCUCGCUCAGAACGUUGGGGCAACCGCAGCCCUCUGCCGGCUCUUUGCUUCCGACAUGGUGCAGGCGAAGCGUGGUCGGAUACUUCUCGUGGGGGCGCCGGCAGGAUCAACUCCGGGCAUUGCAGGCGCCUGUGCCUUCGCAGGUUCGAUGGCCUUUGUGCGAUCCCUAGCAGAUGGCUUGGGCAAGGAGCUUGCCGACCAGGGCGUGGGGAUCUCUUGCCUGGAGAGCUCUUCGCUGGGCCGCGAUGGGUCCCUGACGGAUGCUUUGGCAUCUACAUGCGUGGGCUUCCUGAUCGAAGCUGAGACACCACCGCCAGCGCCCGCCACAUCAUCGUCCUCGGAAACUAGAGUGGACUCCGAACAAACAGACGAGGUGGAGCUCGAGGACAGUUGGAAUGAAGAGUACCUGAGGCUGGCAAAUGAAGAGAACUUCAAGCCUUUGCCUUAUGCCGCGGAAAUCGAUCGUUUGCAGCACGCACCUCUGUCAGAAAUCUCCAAUGCACUUCUUGCCGGCUUGGCGUGCGCCAUUUAUGUGGUGGCGCGGUCGCCCGGAGUCACGGAGGGUACGAUCCGAGUCUUGGCCGCGGCGGCGUCUUCGAUCAAUGCCUUGUUUUUCCUGGACUACAUGGCUCGAUGGUGGUGUCGCGGUAUGAGCUGGCAGUACCUGUUGAACCCGUUGAUGAUAGUUGACCUGAUUGGUGUUCUGCCCUUUUUGCUUCGGCCUUGGGUUCCCUCCAUCAGCUCGAUGGAACUCAACUUCCUGAAGCUGAUUCGCGUCCUGAGGAUCUAUCGCUUCUUCCGGCCGAAGGCUUUUCGGAGCUUCCUACAGAUCCUGAUCGGACCCGAUCAGGCGAAGCCUUACGAGGAUGGCCUCCGAGGAGUCAAGCCCUACCAGUUGCAGGUUUUCCGGACCUUCGGCGUGGUCUUUACACUGAUCUUCGUCACUGCCGGGUUGUGCUACGAAGCUGAGCAUGCGGUGAAUCCGCAGUUUGCAGACAUCUUCUCAUCUUUCUACUUCAGCGUGAUUGCGCUGUCUACGGUCGGGUUCGGAGACAUUGAGCCCAUGACGGCUGCCGGACGUCUCGUCAUUACGGUGGCCAUCGUCGUGGGCCUUUGCCUCAUUCCAUCUGAGGCAUCGCUCGUAGCCACCGCCAUAUCGGAAGAACAGAAGAAAGUCGAUGAAGCGGAGGCAGAGCUGGCUCUGGCCGAAGCAGAGCGAACUCGAGCGCAACUUGCGUGGGAUGCAGCCCGCAUUGCGGAGCUGGAGGAGACCGAACGCGAGGAGCGAGCACGUCUCAUGGAGCUGGAGGCUUGGUUUGGCCAGAGAGGAGAGGGCAGGGACUCAAAGAGUUCGGGGAAUGAGACCCAGGGCUGA